AUGGGGUUUCAAAUAGGAGAUCGACUGAAGAUCGGAGAUCACAUCUGUACAGUCAAGUUCGUUGGCAAGCUACCAAAGUGGCCAGACUCACAUGCUUAUGGCGUUGAAUGGGAUGAUCCUAGCCGAGGGAAGAACAGUGGAACAUUCCAAGGGCAGUCAUACUUUGAGACCUUAAAAUUUAAUUCCGGAUCCUUUUUCAAGGAUUCAAGAUUAGAAGAGAUAGCUAGCAGAGGGGUUUCCUUUUAUGAAGCCUAUUCCAGGAAGUUCAGAGGAUCUGCUGAAGAAUUUAACGAGAUACGGUUAGGAUCAAGAGUAAUUGAGGCACCGGGUUUUGAAAAAGUUGAAAACAGGUAUCGAAACCGAAACUCUCUGGAGCGUGCAAUUUUGGACCAUCAUGCUGUCAAUGAUUUUCCUCUCAGCGAAGCACAAUGGGAGACCAUGCGCGAAGGAUGUGUAAAAGUGCGUCAUUUGGACUUGUCAUAUAACCUUCUCUCUGACUUUCAUCAAACGUGCGUGUUGUUGACACAUUUUGAUAACCUUGAAUCUGUUGAUCUAUCACGUAACGUUUUCACAAACGGUUGGGAUGUGCUGGAUGAUUUUAUCUUUCCUGGAGUAAGAGAGCUAAUAAUGACUGGCAAUGAACUCGGUAUAGAGCCACUUCAAAAGAUUAUAGGUUGCUUUCCAAAUCUUGAAAGUUUAGAUCUCAGUUGGAACCAAUUAACCAAGCUUAACGAGAAACCGGUUUCUUUCCCGUCCACACUGAAAACUUUAGGACUCAAUGGCAAUUUCAUGACCCACGUACCCACGAGUGUUUCUGAUCUUUCUCUUCAGACGUUGCACUUGUCGCAUAACCUGUUAUCAAAUGUCGACCCAAUUAUCACACCUUCCCUUCGGCAUUUAGACUUGUCUUUUAAUAAGAUAGAUGACUGGGAAACGCUGGAUCUACUGAAUGAUAGAAUUCCCAAGCUUCUAUCGUUGAGAAUAAAUAACAACCCCAUUAGUGCAAACGAUCAGCUGGACUCUGUAUUUCACAUAAUGGUCGCAAGAUUCCAAGAAAUCGAAGUCUUAGAUGAUUCAAUACUUUCGAAGAAAGUGCGAGAUGAUGCCGAAUUGUAUUUUGUCUCGAAAGUCAUUAAAGGUGAGGUGAAUUACAAUACGAAGCUUAGGCGAUGGAAGACAUUACAAAAAAAGUACUCCUUGCAAACAAAAGAUGAAAGAAUAGAGAAAAUAAGCUGGCUAGAGUCUUUGAUUAUUACUGUUCGGGCAAUCGAUGAAAAUUCAAAAGCCGCAAUCGAAUGUACUCUUCUCACCAACUUCACCGUUAGACACUCAAAAAAAAUCAUAUGCCGAAAACUGGGCUUAAGUUUAUUUGAUCACAAGCUUCAUUUGGCUAUAACCCCUGAGGUCCUGCAAGUAAUGAGUUUCGAGUUUAGGCCUAUCAGCUCUUAUGGCGUUUCAGAUAAUAGCAUAAUUUAUGUGAAACGAAAGUCAUGCACGCAGGAUAGUGUGAAGAUUUGUUCGUAA